AUGGUGGUGAGGAGGGGCCAGAGGUUCACACUCAGCUUCAAGUUCAGCAGGGCUCUGGAGAGUGAGGAGACCCUGAUAUUCACCGUGGAAACAGGACCCCAGGCCUCUGAAGCCCUCCAGACUAAAUGUAUAUUUGAAGCAUCAGAGUACAAGCGCAAGGGUACCUGGAGAGCCGUGCAAGAAACCAGGGAAGAGAAUUCUAUGACCGUCACCAUCUCCAGUCCACCCGAUGCAGUCAUUGGCCAUUACAAGCUGAGUGGGAGGGUCUCCUCCCGGGCCAAACACAACAACAAGAAAUUGGGCCACUUUGUUCUCCUGUUCAACCCUUGGUGCUCAGAGGACGAUGUGUACCUGGCUGAAGAGGAAGAACGGCAGGAGUAUGUGCUGAAUGACAAUGGAAUCAUCUUCCGUGGAGUGGAGAAACACAUCCGAGCCCAGGGCUGGAACUACGGGCAGUUUGAAGAGGACAUUCUGAACAUCUGCCUCUCUAUACUGGACCGGAGCCCCAGCUACCAGGAAGAUCCAGUUACUGACGUGUCCCAACGAAAUGACCCUGUCUAUGUGACCAGAGUGAUCAGUGCCAUGGUGAACAGCAAUGAUGACAAAGGUGUGGUCCAGGGCCAGUGGCGGGGCAAGUACAUCGGUGGGACCAGCCCCCUGCACUGGCGGGGCAGCGUCGCCAUCCUCUACAAGUGGUACAAGGGCAGGUUUAAGCCUGUCAAGUAUGGCCAGUGCUGGGUCUUUGCCGGAGUCAUGUGCACAGUCCUAAGGUGUUUAGGAAUUGCCACCCGGGUGGUCUCCAAUUUCAACUCAGCCCAUGACACAGAUAAGAACUUGAGUGUGGACAAAUAUGUGGACUCAUUUGGAAGGACCCUGGAAGACAUAACUGAAGACAGUAUGUGGAAUUUCCAUGUCUGGAAUGAAAGCUGGUUUGCCCGGAGAGACCUUGGCUCCUCCUACAAUGGCUGGCAGGUCCUGGAUGCCACACCACAGGAGGAGAGUGAAGGUGUGUUUCAGUGUGGGCCAGCCUCUGUCACUGCCAUCCGGGAGGGCGAUGUGCACCUGGCCCACGAUGGACCCUUUGUGUUUGCUGAAGUCAAUGCCGACUACAUCACAUGGCUCUGGAAUGAGGACGACAGCCGGGAGCGGGUCUACUCAGAUACCAAGAAGGUUGGCAAAUGCAUCAGCACCAAGGCUGUGGGCAGCAAUACCCGUGUGGACAUCACCAGCCAUUACAAGUACCCAGAAGGGUCACGGAAGGAAAGGCAGGUAUACAGGAAAGCAGUGAGGAAGCUCUUUGGGGUGGAAGCCUCAGGGAGAAGAGACAGGAUCCGGAGGGCCAGUGGCCGAGGCUGGGCCUCCUGGAGGGAUGAUGUUCUGGAGCCGGCCAAGAAGCCCAACAUUAUGGGGAAGUUCAAGCUGCUGGAGCCACCCAUCAUUGGCCAAGACAUCAAGUUGGCCAUCUGCCUCACCAACCUCACCUCCCGCCUACAGAGGGUCAAGGUGAACCUGAGUGCAGCCACCAUCCUCUAUACCCGGAGACCAGUGGCUGAGAUCCUGCACGAAUCCCAUUCAAUUAAACUAGAGCCUGAAGAAGAGAAGAGGAUCCCAGUGGAGAUCUCUUACUCAGAGUACAAAGAAGACUUGACAGAUGACAAGAAGAUCCUGGUGGCUGCAAUGUGCCUGGUCUCUAAAGGAGAGAAGCUCCUGAUAGAGAAGGACAUCACCUUGGAAGACUUCAUUGCCAUUAAGCGUGCCAGCCCUGGAGCCCCAAGAGAGGGCUAG